CAGCCUUGGAUGCUGUCCACUUAGAUAAGGAUAGCCCCUGGAGAAGGAAGGAAUCGAAACAAGGGGGUUCACCGACAGCAGGCCAGUUAUUCGCGCGCCAGAAGGUAGCUCUCGAAAAUUUACUUUGGGCCGAAGUUGGAAAGAGGGAGAAGAUUGAAAGUGGUUGAAAGGAGACGGAGGAAUCGGCGAAGAAAAGGAAAGAGGAGAGAUGAGAGUUGGCCGAUGGAAUCGGCGGCUUCGAGAGCCAGAUGCAGGAUCCGCAGACGGAACGGAAGGAAGCAUUUUUUUAUUAUAUUUGUUGCGGCCCUGAAGCUAGUGUAAAACAAGAGAUACAAGGAGUUUUUACGAACAAGGCUGGAAGUGGAAAAGAAGAGGAAAGAAAGUAUUUCGAGAACACGAUGGCGAGAACGAGGAAGGAUCGAAGAUGGAGGAACGAUAGACGAAGAAAAUAUUAUGGUGGGAAUGGAAGAAGGGAGAGGAAGAACGAGGGGAUAGAGUGGGCGGAAGUGGCCCGUACAGGGAGGCUGCAACCACCUUGGCUUCCGCCACAUUGAGGGCCACCGAUACAACACACAACCACCUUGUGUUUUUCAUCCUUCUCCCAGUGGUCCCUCACACGUGUUGCUUACCAUCCUCUCAAAGAAACGUGUAUUCCAUUCCGCUUCUGCGAAACAGGGGCCUAAAAUAAGUGGUCCUCUCGUCCAUCGCGAUCCCAUUUCCUUCCUUGUUUUUCUUCCCUCCGCACGCCUCGCCAAUUCCUCUUUCACUUCCUCUUCAAACG